UGGCCAUAUCUAUCUAUUCAUACCAUGGUUACCAUGGUUGCCAUAGUAAUUCACCAAGUGAUGCCAACUUGGCGAUUGUGGACUCCGCGGUUCAAGAAAAGAAACACCCGCACGACUUUGGGUGAUCGGCGCCCAGCCAUAGUUGAGGCCUUAAAGACCUUGGUCUAUUCCAUGGCCAAAAGAACAUCUUUCAUGAGUCGCCGCCGUUCUCCUGUGAGCCUCUUGGCCCUGGCCCUUGCAACUUUGGCGUCGCUGGCCUCUUGUUUUGUGGGGCCACGGGGUGUUGGAAGAGGUGCCACUUCGGUCAUGCGGGCAGAGGCCACUGAGACGGAGACGAAGCCGGUGAAGAGUGGACCCUCAGAGGAAGCCAUCAAGACGCGCAGCAUUUUCAUGUCAUUGGACUCAGAUGAGUUUGGCAUCGAUGAGGAACAGAUGAAGAAGACGGGCAUCCCCACCGAAGAAACGGAACCGGAUUCCUUGCAGAAGGUUGGUGAUUUCAUCUCGGGUCCCUUCAUCCUGCCCUUUGUGGUGGCUGUCGUGGCUUACCUGACCUACUAUGUCUUCUUUACCAAGGAAGCAGAGAAAGCCUUCUACUACGGCUCAGUGAAUGAGAAAGCCCUGGUCAGCGGAGAGGGUGACUCUGGCUUCGACUUCAGGGCCCUGAAUCCAGACAUGGUGGAUGAGAUCAAAGAGGCCAUGGCGCAGCAGAGCCAGACAGACGCCAUGGACGCAGGGGAAGCCACACCGGAAGCCACACCGGCGCCGGCGGAGUGAGCUGAUGACACCCCCGUUUUUUCACGAAAACCGAGGGUUGGAAUGGCAAGGUGAGAC